CGCCCGCGCGGCGCCUUUAAGGGCUGGCCUACGUGGCAGCAGCAGCCGAGCGGCGCGCGGCCCGGCCCGGCGCUCCUCUCCCGCCCUUCCCGCCCGUCAGCAGCGAGGCCGGGCCCCAGCGCACCCUCACCCCCCCCACCCCUUCCUCCCUUCCCUGCCGGUAUGGGCCAGAACGAUAUCAUGAGCACCGCUGAGGACUUUGCGGACCAGUUCCUGAGGGUGACGAAGCAGUACCUUCCCCACGUGGCCCGCCUCUGCCUGAUCAGCACCUUCCUGGAGGAUGGCAUCCGCAUGUGGUUCCAGUGGAGUGAACAGAGGGAUUACAUUGAUGGCACGUGGAACUGUGGCUAUUUCCUGGCCUCCAUCUUUGUGUUCAUAAAUCUCUUCGGACAGCUGAGCGGCUGUAUCCUGGUGCUGAGUAGGAACUUUGUGCAAUAUGCCUGCUUUGGACUGUUUGGAAUUAUAGCAUUACAGACUAUUGCAUACAGCAUUCUAUGGGACCUGAAGUUCUUGAUGAGGAACCUUGCCCUUGGGGGAGGCUUGCUGCUGCUUUUGGCUGAGUCACGCUCAGAGGGGAAGAGCAUGUUUGCUGGUGUCCCUACCAUGCGGGAAAGCUCUCCUAAGCAGUACAUGCAGCUGGGGGGCCGUGUGCUGUUGGUCCUCAUGUUCAUGACACUGCUACAUUUUGAUAUGAACUUCUUUUCUAUUCUGCAGAACAUUGUGGGCACAGCCCUGAUUAUCUUGGUGGCAAUUGGCUUCAAGACUAAGCUGGCUGCCUUGACUCUAGUCAUCUGGCUGUUUGGCAUCAAUAUCUACUUCAAUGCCUUCUGGACCGUCCCAGCCUACAAACCCAUGCACGACUUCCUCAAAUACGAUUUCUUCCAGACCAUGUCUGUAAUUGGAGGGCUCCUGCUCGUGGUUGCACUGGGUCCUGGUGGAGUCUCCAUGGAUGAGAAGAAAAAAGAGUGGUAACAGGAAUAGCAACACUUCUUGGGACAUAACAUAUUAAGUCCAGAACUGAUUCUCUAUGGAUUCAACAAAAACUGCCAGCAUUUUACACGUACAUGCCCCCUUCCUAUUAAAGGCACAGAUGUUUUGAAUUUGAUUUACAGUGGCACCAGUAAUAUAAUAGUUAAAAUCCUAUUUCUUCAAGGAAUGUUGCCUAGGCUUAUUCUAACUUCCUAGAUUUGGAACUAACCCAAGGAACCUGCAUUUUGCUGAUGCUUCAGUGAGUUGCAGUAAAACAGUUGCUGUCUUAAUGUCAGCAAUGUUUUAAAAUUUGAAGUACUGUGAGCAGAUACAGCUGUAUCAUUCAGUGUGCUGUUGGGUUCUAGCUAUAACUAAAAAAGUGGAUCCCCCUUUCUCACCCUCAUCAAAACUGUCUUGUGCAUAAGGAUUUCCAUUGCUGGUUAUAGCAUUGCUUAUUAAGGUGAAAAGCAGCAUCAAAAAAAAAAAAAUCACUGUUAUUUUGCUGCUGUGAGGCCUGUAAUUCCAUUUUGCUUAGCACAAGAGGAGGUCUUCCCUGCCCCCAAAUAAAAGGCAACAAGAAAAUCCUUAAAGUAGUUUUAGCCCCUCUAGGUAAGAAAAGGGAGAGGUUUUUGUAACAUGUUCUAGUUCUGCUUUUGAGGGAAACAAGGGAGAAUCCUGUAUUGCUAAGGAGGAAUCCUGUAUGGCUAAUCAAAUUUCAAGAAGGAAGGGGGGGGGGAGAGAUACCCCCUGAAGAGACAGAAGGUUAGAUUCUGUGAAAAUUGUGCCAAAAGAACUCUUUAUUCAGCAUUCUUUCCCCAAGGUUGCCCCUCCUCAUUUCCCAAGAAGGGAGCCAAGUUGUGCUGCGGGUUCCAUAAUAAAAGCUCCUUUCUGCUAUUAACCAGCUUCCAUCCAUAUAUGCCCCAAAUUCAUAUCUGAAUUACAGGUUAUUGGUGAAAGUGUCUUCAGAAUUACAGAAACUCCUCUUUUUCCCUGUCAAUCUUCUAAUCUGUAGUCUUUGCUUCUUAGAUUCACUUCUGUCAGUCUCUCAGCUGUAGAAGUCCCAGCUGACUGAACAGCAGAAGAGCUGGGGUGCUGAACUGGAGUACAGCCCCUUCUCUGCUGUCUCGGCCCACACCGGAGGUGUGUAGGGAGGAAACAUGGAAGUCAGCUGUGUGCUGCCAUAGCCCCAGUUUUCAACUCUGUAUGCAAACGGUUAUAGCUGAAGAAUGCAAGUGCAAAGCCUGUGCAGUGAAUAAGCAGCCAGGGAUGUAACUUGCGUGUUCAGGAGGAACUCCUCAGCAUAAUGGUGAGGAGAGAGGAAGGCCCUGUCUUCACCUCUCAGUGCCACGACCUCUGUGCCAUGAACAUGCUUAGUGCUGCUCAGAGGAGGCAUUUUGUCCUCUGCUAGUCACCUAGGUGAACCUGUUUCACUAGAUUAUGAAAGAAUUCUAGAAAGCAUGAACCCUACCACCUUGCUAACAUUAUAUUGAUUCCUUGCACUGCUGUCUCCCUUGAGAAAGCUGCUCAACUGUUUGUUCAAGGAGUAAUUCAGCUGAACGCCUCCAGCAGGAGCUAAUUACCAGGGUCUCCUGGUAAGGACACUAACCUGGACAGUUCAGUUUAACGGUUGCUUUUUUUAGGAACUAGACUGAAAGAACUGAUUGCAAAUAGAAGAGCCCUGUUGGAUGUCAAACCAGUGAUUUUUUUUUUUUAUCAUAUUAAGGGGAAAGUACCCUGUGUCAUAGCAAGAUGUGCUGCUCUUGAAGGAAAUGAAUGGGUAUGUGAGGGUAGAUGGGAGGGGAAGCCAGCAUUUAAGGUCAGGUCACAUAGAAAGCUUUCUUUUUAAAUAGGUUUUGCAAGAGUUUUUACCUCGUGUUCACUGUGCCUGUUUCUUCAUAGCAAACCAAACUGGUCCUGGCAGUGACGGAUGGAUAUGCAGCACAGGAUGCUUUUGCUCAGUGUCACUGCAGGUCCCAAAAUGGUUUUAGACUACAUCAAGGCAGCCAUUCUCAGAUAUCUUAAUUGCUGGUGAUGUUCAUAGUAUUUAUAAACGGAACAAUAGAAACAACUCCUGUAAGCAGCCCUUAAGUUGGCUUUCUCAACUUCUUUGUGUCCUAAGUAAGGAGCUGGAUGAUGGACUAGUCUGAAAUACUGACUGGUCUCCUCUGUGAAAAUCAAGUCCCCUUUCUACCAAAAGACUCCAGAAAAUGAACUCGUACUGUCCCUUGCAGCAGAAAUAUUUUGGUACUAAAGGGGCACAGUUAGGUGGAGGGCAUUAUAAGAUAUUUUUAGGCAGUACAAUACAAAGACUUACUAACUGUGAGUCCUGAUGCAUAAGAUUCUGGUUUUCUACAUACACUGCUGUAUUCGUGCAUCUCCCAAAAAUACAGUGACCUCUCCCCGUGGCUGAGAAGCUCUUACAAGCAGGAUGUCAGCUAUCACUUGGGUCUGCAAAGUGUUCUGGAAUUCAUUCUGAAUAUAUUUUUGCUUUCUAUGUGGAAAAAAAAAAAAAAAGUAUAAAUUCUCAUUUUAUGCUGUAUUUUGUACCUUAGUUGUGUUUGAAAAUGUUUUGAUUUUUGGAAACAAUCAAAAUAAAACAAUGGCAUCUUUGUAUCCA